ACGCAGGGAGUGCUGCGAUGGGAGCGGAGCGGAGGAGAGCGCGGGCAAAGCCGCAAGACCGGCAUGGAUUCUGUGACAUUUGAGGAUGUUGCCGUGAUGUUCACCCAGGAAGAAUGGGCUUUGCUGAAUCAUUCUCAGAAGAUUCUCUACAGAGAUGUAAUGCUGGAAACCUGCAGGAACUUCAUUUUUAUAGGAAACAGUUAUGAAGAUGAGAAUAAUGAAGACCAUUGUAAAAGUUGUGGAAAAAAUUUAAGAAUUUCCUUGUUCAAGACAUUCUGUGAGCAUAAAGAUCUUCAGGAUGGAGAAAAUUUCAUGUGGAUAGCAAAUGAUGAUAUGAACAUGAAAAUUUCCGCUGACCUAACACCAUGUCAUAGCAAUGUGUGUGGAAAGGUGUCCAUGUGUCAUUCGUCCUUUAAUAACCAUCCCACCUCUCACUCUCAAUACAAAUCAUGUGAGCAUUGGUUGUAUGGAAACAAGCUGCAGGACUCUAACUCUUUUAGAAGCUGUCAAACACAUAUGAGAACUCACACUGUGAAUGGACCUUUUGAAUACAAGAUAGGCUUAAAGUAUUUUGGUUUCCAACAUUUCUUGGUAAUAGAUCAGGAAACACACAGUGCCAAAACACACUAUCGAUACAAAGAAUACAGAAAGGCCUCUGCUCAUGGCAGUCCACUUCUCACUUCUGGAGGAACUCAAACUGAAAGAAAGCAUUAUCAGUGUAAUAUAUGUGGGAAACAGCUGAGUUCUUCCACUUCUCUUCAAGGACAUGAAAGGAUUCAUAGUGUUGAAAAACCACAUGAAUAUAAACAAUGUAGUAAAGCUUUUAGGUAUAACAGUCAUCUUCAAAGGCAUGAAAAAACACAUACUGGAGAGAAACCCUAUGCAUGCAAAGAAUGUGGUAAAUCCUUUACACUAUACAGUUAUCCUCGAGUACAUGAAAAGAUUCAUACAGGAGAGAAAUCAUAUGAAUGUAAACAAUGUGGUAAAGCCUUUAGACAUAACAGUGAUCUUCAACGUCAAGAAAAAAUGCAUACUGGAGAGAAAACUUAUGUAUGUAAACAAUGCAAUAAAACCUUUAGAUCGUACAGUAAACUUCAAGUACAUGAAAAAAUCCAUACUGGAGAAAAACCAUAUGAAUGUAAACAGUGUGGUAAAGCCUUUAGAUGGAACAGUAAUCUUCAACGUCAUGAAAAAAUGCAUACUGGAGAAAAACCAUAUGAAUGUAAACAAUGUGAUAAAGCCUUUAGACAUAACAGUCAUCUUAAAAGUCAUGAAAAAACACAUAAUGAAGAAAAACCAUAUGAAUGUAAACAUUGUGGUAAAGCCUUUAGAUAUAACAGUGAUCUUCAAAGUCAUGAAAAAAUGCAUACUGGAGAGAAACCCUAUGCAUGUAAACAAUGCGAUAAAACAUUUACAUGGUACUGUAACCUUCGAGGACAUGAAAAAAUUCAUACUGGAGAAAAACCAUAUGAAUGUAAACAAUGUGGUAAAACCUUUAGACGUAACAGUCAUCUUAAAAGUCAUGAAAAAAUGCAUAAUGAAGAAAAACCAUAUGAAUGUAAACAAUGUGGUAAAGCCUUUAGACAUAACAAUCAUCUUAAAUGUCAUGAAAAAACGCAUAAUGCAAAACCAUAUGAAUGUAAACUAUGUGGUAAAGCCUUUAGACAUAACAGUCAUCUUAAAAGUCAUGAAAAAACGCAUAAUGAAGAAAAACCAUAUGAAUGUAAACAAUGUGGCAAAGCCUUUAGAUAUAACUGUUAUCUUCAACGUCAUGGAAAAAUGCAUACUGGAGAGAAACCCUAUGCAUGUAAACAAUGCGAUAAGACCUUUACACAAAACUGUCAUCUUAAAAGUCAUGAAAAAAUGCAUACUGGAGAAAAACCAUAUGAAUGUAAACAGUGUGGUAAAGCCUUUAGACAUAACAGUGAUCUUCAACGUCAUGAAAAAAUGCAUACUGGAGAGAAACCAUAUGAAUGUAAACAGUGUGGUAAAGCCUUUAGAUAUAAUGGUCAUCUUAAAAGCCAUGAAAACAUGCAUACUGGAGAAACACCACAUGAAUGUAAACAAUGUGGUAAAGCCUUUAGAUGUAAAAGUGAUCUUCAACGUCAUGAAACAAUGCAUACUGGAGAGAAACCAUAUGAAUGUAAACAGUGUGGUAAAGCCUUUAGAUAUAAUGGUCAUCUUAAAAGCCAUGAAAACAUGCAUACUGGAGAAACACCACAUGAAUGUAAACAAUGUGGUAAAACCUUUAGACGUAAUAGUCAUCUUAAAAAUCAUGAAAAAACGCAUACUGGAGAAAAACCCUAUGCAUGUAAACAUUGUGGUAAAAUGUUUAGAAAUAACAGUCAUCUUCAGAGACAUGAAAAAACUCAUUGUAGAGACAAACCCUAUGCAUGUAAAGAAUGUGAUAAAACCUUUAGAUGGUAUAAAAGCCUUUGAGUACAUGAAAAAUUCAUACUAGAGAAAAACCAUAUGAAUGUUAAUAGUGUGACAAGCUGUUAGACAUAACAGUCAUCUUCAGAGUCAUGAAACAAAUGCAUCCUGGAGGAAAACCAUAUGAAUGUAAACAAUGUGAAAGAGCCUUUACACUAUACAAUUUUCUUCGAGCAUAUGAAAAAAUUCAUACAGGACUGAAAUCAUUUGAAUGUAAACAGUGUGUUAAGUCCGUUAGGUGGCGAAAUUGUCUUAAGUUACAUGAAAAAUCUCUUAUAGGACAGAAAUCAUAUGAAUGUAAACAACGUGGUAAAGCUUUUAGAUGGCACAGAUAUAUUAAGUUACAUGAAAGAAGACAUAUUGCAGAAAACGUGUAUGAAUGUAAAUAAUGUGGUGAAGACUUCAGAAGUCAGUGAUGUUCAGAGACAUGACUAGUUCAUACUACACAACACCCUGUGAAUAGGAACAGUAUGGAAAAGCCUUUAGAAGUCAAUCAUCUUUCUGUGAAAGAAUUCAUAUUUUAGUAAGCCUAUGAAUGCAAACAGUGUGGUAAAGCCUUCAAUGUCACACUUAUCUUCCUUUAUGUGAAAAUUCACCUUGGACCAAAGUGAAAUGAAUGAAAGCAAUGCAAAUCCUACACUUGUACAUUUAUCUUAAAUUACAUGAGAAAUUCAUACUGGAGAAAGAUGCUGUCAAUACAAAGAAUGUGGAAACCUUUGCAUUUCAUAUUUCCUUUUGAUUACAACAGGAAAUUAAUUGUGGCAGAGCAUCCCGUGAAUGUGACCAAUGUCUAUUGUUGUUAAACUUCCUAAAUUACGUAGCAGAGCAGUUUCAGAACAGUGUUCUUUGAAUGUCAAAAAAUCAUGGGAGAAAAUCCCUUGAAAUGUAAAAUCCAAAUGCUGUUAAUGUUUUGUAUGAGUUCACUUCAGUUAGGGAAAAUUCACUCUCAAACCUCUAAGAAUAUAAACAACAGGGGAAAGGACUGAGCUGUCACAGUUCCCAUCAGCAGCAGUGUUGCAUGAGACUUUUCCUGGGGAGACCUGAGCAAAUGUCUACUCACCUGAGAUAGGAAAAUAAUAAAACAAAAAAGGAAUUCUGCCAAAGUCUGAUUAGGUGAACCAAGGAGUUUACUGGAGUUACUUCCAGGAGCAUGGACAAGCACAGAUAGCUGAAUUACGAAAAAGCCCAUCCAGUCUAAGUGAUGACUCAUGGAAGCUGCAAUCUGAAAUCUCUGCACGACUGGCAGGCAGCCUGUUUAGUUGGGUAAUUUCUUCUUUUCAGAGUUAUUUACCACUUCUAUAACGUUGUGGAGUGGCCUUGGGAAUCUUGUAAAUUUGAGCAUUCCAGAAUAUGUGUUUACUUCUUGAGUCUCAUGCCUCCCUGUGAGGGGCACUGCGUCAAUUUAGAGAGAAUUUCCCCAAUGACACGCCACCCCUUCCUCUGACUCUUACAUUUCUUUGUAAUGCUUUUAGAUCU